AUGCUUCACAUUGUUUUACUUCUUUCUCUUCUCUUAUCCACUACUUCCCAUGCUUCUGUGCAAGACUUUUGUGUAGCAGACCUCAUGGGUUCAGAAGGCCCUGCAGGAUUUCCAUGCAAGAAAGCUGCUACAGUAACUUCGGAUGACUUUGUGUUUUCUGGCUUAACUGAAGCUGGAAACAUCUCAAAUUUAAUCAAAGCUGCUGUGACCCCUGCAUUUGUUGCUCAAUUCCCAGGUGUUAAUGGUCUUGAUUUAUCAGCAGCACGGUUAGACAUUGCUCCUGGUGGUGUUAUCCCAUUGCACACUCAUCCUGGUGCCAAUGAACUACUAAUAGUGAAGCAAGGUCAUAUCACAGCAGGGUUUAUAUCAUCAUCUAACUCUGUUUAUAUAAAGACACUGAAGAAGGGAGAGCUUAUGGUUUUCCCACAAGGUUUGUUGCAUUUUCAAAUAGCUGCUGGUAAGACAAACGCUGUUGCUUUUGCUGUUUUCAGUAGUGCAAACCCAGGCCUUCAGAUACUUGAUUUUGCAUUGUUUGCAAGCAGCUUCCCUACUCCUUUAGUGACAAAGACUACUUUCCUUGAUCCUGCAAUAGUGAAGAAGCUUAAGGCUGUUCUUGGAGGCAGUGGCUAG